GAUGCUAACAGUCACAUUUUGCUGUUGUGUAGAUGUUUCAAGAUUGUGUAAAGUACUUAUUACACUUUCCUCCUCCAAAGUUCAUAACUGAAGAGGCCGUUAGACGUCAAGCAGCUUUGGCUACAUGUUUAAAUGUUUUAGAACAGCUUAACACGGUUAAUACAGAAUCUGGUGACAUAGUACCAUUUAAACAGUUUUAUAUUCCUGAGAUACAGGCAACGAUUGACAUUAGAGCUGACUUCUUCAACUGGAUUCAAAAUCAGAUUGUGACUAACCGUCAAGAAUUUUGGCGCCACCUUAAUCAUGGGCAAACCUUUUCCUUCUGUCGGUAUCCAUUUGUUUUUGAUGCGGAAGCUAAGACCACGCUGCUUCAAACAGAUGCUGUUAUGCAGAUGCAGAGCGCUGUGGAAGAAGUAAAUCGCCGGAAUGUGAGGAUGAUGAUGUCACAACUACCUAUUGACCCAGUUAACCCAAUACUGGUGAUUGUAGUGAAAAGGGACAGCAUUGUUAGUGACACUCUGACACAGAUCAUGAAAUGUGGUCCGUAUGACUUGAAGAAACCUCUUAAGGUCGUGUUUCAUGGUGAAGAAGGUGUUGAUGCUGGUGGUGUAAGGAAGGAAUUUUUCUUGCUGCUUUUGACGGAGAUCUUGGACCCCAAAUAUGGAAUGUUUACCUACAUUGAAGAGUCUCAGACCAUUUGGUUUAAUGAUCUGUCAUUUGAAGAAAGUCCAAUGUUCCUGUUGAUUGGUGUCAUCUGUGGAUUGGCCAUAUACAACUCUACUAUCAUUGACCUCAGAUUUCCUCCUGUUUUGUAUAAGAAACUUUUAGGCAGGAAACCUAAUCUUGAUGACUUCAGAGGUUUUAAACCAGCAGUUGCCAAGAACCUUGAGUAUUUGUUGGAGUAUGACCAAGCAGAAGGAGACCUGGCGGAAACGUUUGGACUCAAUUUUCAGGUUGUACGUGAGAAGUACGGAGCAUUAGAAUAUAUAGAUUUGAUUCCAGAUGGAGGAAAAACUCCAGUCAAUCUCGAGAACAGAGUGCAGUAUGUGGAUGUGUAUAUCGAUUAUUAUUUGAACAAGUCAGUCGAGAAACAGUUUGAGGCUUUUGCUCAAGGAUUUCAUCGGGUGUGUGGUGGAAAAGUCAUGGAGUUUUUUCAUCCGGAGGAGUUAAUGCAGAUGGUGGUAGGAUGUCAAGAUUAUGACUUCAGGGAACUCGAAAAGGUAGCGAUGUACAAAGGCGAGUACUUCAAGGGCCAUCCUAUUAUCAGAAACUUCUGGGGAGUUUUCUUUGACUUUCCGUUCAAAAUGAAGAAAAAGUUCCUUGCUUUCCUAACAGGAAGUGACAGAGUACCAAUUUUGGGAAUGAAAUCCAUGAAGAUCAUAAUUCAGCCCGUAGCUGGAGGAGAACAAGGAGAUCACCUUCCUGUGGCACACACGUGCUUCAAUUUGCUGGACUUACCGAGAUACUCAACAAGAGAAAUGAUGAAAACAAAACUCAGCCAAGCAGUGGAGUACUCAACCGGCUUUGGGCUUGCGUAAAAAAUUAUCAGUCAUUAUCCUGCAAGUAGACUUAUUCCUGGCUAUUCCGAGAGGGGAGUAUAGCUUUAAACCUUAAUAUGUGUUGAAAGAAGAGUGAGAUAAAAAGCGUCUGUGAUGAUCCAAACGACAGCGAAAUAACAAAUUUACCGAGGUUGCAGUCAAGCAUGCUCUUUCUGAUGUCAAUGGUGCUUCGUUGACAAGCAAAAAAACGCGAGAGUUCCUCGCCAAGCCACUUGAGGAUUUGCGAUUUGUUACGCAGAAAUGGAAAACCGCAGGUUGUAUGGUUUUCAGCGUUGCAAAAUCGCGCUAGUCACCCAAAAGGUGUUUGUCAAGAACCUGCAAGGUUAAAAGCUCGCUGAGGCAAAAUACGAAGUAACGAGUAUCAUGGACUUGUAAGACUUGCCUGCGGUUCUCAACGCCUUGAAUUUGUCAGUUGUUUGAAGGCAACUGUUGACUCUGUGUUAUUUUUACUGAAGUGUGGAAGCGAUUUUUUUGUUUCGCUUUUCCAUACACCAGGAUUUGGGGGCGCUAAGAAAGAAAUUCAGCUCAAUGCUCUGAUAAUUUGAAUUAUCCGUGCAAUAGGUAGGCAACAAGGAAAGAUCUUAAAAUUAUUUUUGACAUGUCAGAUGGCCUUUUUCUACUAGGUAACACAACUUGGUCUCUGGUAUGUGGGUUGGUCAUUUGAAGGAAAGGAAACACAGGGUGAAUAGUUUUUUUGGACGAGUUUGUCGGAUAAAACCGCUUCUAAUGCUUCCUAAACAAUUUCUGUGACUCAUUAUGUUUAUUGCUACAGACGUGGCUUAAAUUCAAACCAGGUGUGAUGUUUGCGAUUUAUUCCGGGACCACUCUGAUACCGAGAAUUCUCGAGAUUCUCUUUAUACUCGAAGCUAAUGUUUUAGCGACUUGUCACCGGCGCGUCAUGUAGCAGUGAAUUUUACCGCCCACCGUAUCCUAGCCUUUAGAAAUAAUUUUAGAUUUGUUAAUUAAAAGGUUUUGGUGUAUAAAACUUUUGAAAUAAAUACGAUUCUUAAAAUCUGGGAA